AUGGCGCUGCGGGCCAGGGCAGGCGUGUGGAGGGCAGCGCCCCGGCUGUCCCCGGGCUGGGCCCGCGCGGUGGGCGCCGCAGCAGUGGCAGCCCCCAAGGCGGUGCUGCCCUUUGAGGCCAUCCCCCGGUGCCCAGGCAACAAGUGGGUGAGGGCGCUGCAGGUCUGGAGAGAGCAGGGCUUCGAGGACCUCCACCUGAAGAUGCAGCAGACCUUCCAGGAGCUGGGGCCCAUCUUCAGGUACGACGUGGGAGGGAAGCACAUUGUGUAUGUGACGUUGCCCCAGGAUGUGGAGAGGCUCCAGCAGGCGGACAGCUGCCAGCCCCAGCGGACGGUCCUGGAACCCUGGCUGGCCUACCGACAGCAGCGCGGGCACAAGUGUGGCGUGUUCCUGCUAAACGGGCCCGAAUGGCGCUGGGACCGACUGCGGCUGAACCCGGAUAUGCUGUCGCCACAGGCCGUCCAGAAGUACAUCCCCAUGGUGGACAAGGUGGCGAGGGAUUUCUCUGCGGUCCUGAUGUCGAGGGUGCUGCAGAAUGCCCGGGGGAGCCUCACCCUGGACAUCCAGCCCAGCAUCUUCCGCUACACCAUAGAAGCCAGCAACUUGGUCCUCUUUGGAGAGCAGCUGGGCCUCCUUGGCCGUAGCCCAAGUCCAGCCAGUCUGAAAUUCAUCCAUGCCCUGGAGGCCAUGUUCAAGUCCACCGUGCAGCUCACAUUCAUGCCCAGGAGCCUGUCCCGCUGGACAAGCCCCAAGGUGUGGAGGAAGCACUUUGAAGCCUGGGACUACAUCUUCCAGUAUGCCAACACUUCCAUCCAGAAAAUCUAUCAGGAGCUGGCGCUCGGCCGCCCACGGCAGUACAGCGGCAUCGUGGCAGAGCUGCUCCUGCAGGCGGACCUGACUCUGGAUUCCAUCAAGGCCAACUCCAUCGACCUCACUGCCGGGAGCGUGGACACGACGGCCUACCCCUUGAUGAUGACCCUCUUCGAGCUGGCUCGGAACCCUGAGGUACAGCAGGCCCUACGUCAGGAGACCCUGCGGGCCAAGGUCGCAAUCUCCGACAAUCCCCAGAGGGCACUCACGGAGCUGCCCCUGCUACGGGCUGCCCUCAAGGAGACCCUGAGGCUGUACCCCGUGGGUAUGACCGUGGAGCGACAGGUGGGCUCAGACUUGGUCCUGCAGAACUACCACAUCCCAGCUGGGACGAUGGUUUACGUGCAACUCUACUGCCUGGGUCGAAACCCUGCCGUGUUCACAAGGCCUGAGCGCUAUCAUCCCCAGCGCUGGCUGGACAACAGGGGCUCCAGCACCAGGUUCCCUUACCUGAGCUUUGGCUUUGGCCCGCGACAGUGCCUGGGGCGGCGCCUCGCGGAAACCGAGAUGCUGCUGCUGCUGCACCACGUGCUGAAAAACUUCCAAGUGGAGACGCUAACGCGAGAGGACGUGAGGAUGAUCUACCGGUUCAUACUGAUGCCCUCCACCCUCCCGCUACUUACCUUCCGGGCCCUCGACGCACUGCCGGGCCAGCCACGCGACCAGACCUCCUCCCCCUGACCCUAGGCCACUCCUGUUUUCUCCCAUGGGCCCUGCUUCCUGAGCCACACC